CGCCCACCACGGAGAGACCUCAUCCCCCUCCCUCCUACCCACACCCAGCCAAACGCAGCCAACUGAACGGCACGCUACGCUACAAGCUGAGUGUGAGCCGGUAGUGUCACUAGUGAGCGAGUGAGGGAAAUGGGGAAGCCGCAGCUCACGCUCCUGGGAGUGGCGGCGGUGCUGCUGCUCUCCUCCUCCCUCCACGGCGCCAGGGCGCAGGAGGAGUCCGCCGGCCUGGACACGGGCGUCGCCGGCGAGCCCGGCGUGCUCAACUCCAGCGCCGUGUCCAUCGGGCAGUCGGGCGUCGCCCGGGCCACCUGGUACGGCGCGCCCAAUGGCGCCGGCCCCUACGACAACGGCGGCGCUUGCGGGUUCAAGAACGUGAACCGGUACCCGUUCAUGGCCAUGACCUCCUGCGGCAACCAGCCGCUGUUCAAGGACGGCAAGGGCUGCGGCGCAUGCUACAAGAUCAAGUGCACGAAGCACAAGGCGUGCUCUGGGCGGCAGGAGACGGUGGUGAUCACGGACAUGAACUACUACCCGGUGGCGCCCUACCACUUCGACCUCAGCGGCACCGCCUUCGGCAAGCUCGCCAAGCCCGGCCGCAACGACGAGCUCCGCCACGCCGGCAUCAUCGACAUCCAGUUCACCAGGGUGCCUUGCGAGUUCCCGGGGCUCAAGGUGGGGUUCCACGUGGAGGAGGGGUCCAACGCGGUGUACAUGGCGAUCCUGGUGGAGUACGAGAACGGCGACGGCGACGUGGUGCAGGUGGACCUCAUGGAGUCCGGCCGCCGGGGAGGGGGAGGCGGGCGGUGGACGCGGAUGCGCGAGUCGUGGGGCUCCAUCUGGCGCCUCGACUCCAACCACCGCCUGCAGGCGCCCUUCUCCCUCCGCAUCCGCAACGAGUCCGGCAAGACGCUCGUCGCCCGCAACGUCAUCCCCAAGAACUGGAGGCCCAACACCUUCUACCGCUCCAUCGUCCAGUACAGCUAGACCUCAACCUCCAUUGACGAGAGCUCUGUUUUGGCUUGGCGGGAGUCGAUGCAUGCUGUUUUGGCGGGAGUUUUCAAUUAAUUAAUUAAUUCAUAUUCUCAAGUUGUAUCGUGGGAAAUAGAGGAGGCACCCUAGCGUGUUCAAGCACGCUGGCUCUCCCGCCCACUUUAUUAGUCGUCGUCGUCCUCGUCGUAUUAAUGGUUUCAGACUUUGCGGAUGCAUCUGUAAGCAUGCUCUGUAUCCAUGAUCACAUUUAUGUAUGUGUGAAUCAUGCAUCAUCCAUGAUGUGUCAUCACAUCGGUCGAAUCAGACUGAGCAAGGCUAUGUAUAAAUGUUCCUGGCUUUUAAUUUCGUUCGGUACUACU